CUUCAACGAAGUUGGCGGCGCGGAGGCUGGCCCCGGACGCGCCCGGAGUCCAGGGAAGGAGGGAGGAGGGAGGAGGGAGGAGGGAGGGUCGCGGCCGGCCGCCAUGGGGCUGGGGCCCCGCGGCCGCCGCCGCCGCCGUCGCCCGAUGUCGCCACCGCCGCCCCUGCCGUCCGUGCGGACGCUGCCCCUAUUGCUGCUGCUAGCGGGGUCCGGGGCUGCAGCACCCCCUUGCCUGGAUGGAAGCCCGUGUGCAAAUGGAGGUCGCUGCACCCAGCUGCCCUCCCGGGAGACUGCCUGCCUGUGCCCACCAGGCUGGGUGGGAGAAUGGUGCCAGCUCGAAGACCCCUGCCAUUCUGGCCCCUGUGCUGGCCGUGGUGUCUGCCAGAGCUCAGUGGUGGCAGGUACUGCCCGGUUCUCCUGCCGCUGCCCCCGGGGCUUCCGAGGCCCGGACUGCUCCCUGCCAGAUCCCUGCCUCAGCAGCCCCUGUGCCCAUGGUGCCCGCUGUUCAGUGGGGUCUGAUGGCCGCUACAUCUGCUCCUGCCCACCUGGCUACCAGGGCCGCAGCUGCCGAAGCGACGUGGAUGAGUGCCGGGUGGGCGGGCCCUGCCGUCAUGGUGGCACCUGCCUCAACACGCCUGGCUCUUUCCACUGCCAGUGCCCAGCUGGCUUCACAGGGCCACUGUGUGAGAGCCCCGCAGUGCCCUGUGCUCCUUCACCAUGCCGUAAUGGGGGCACCUGUAGACAGAGCGGCGACCUCACCUAUGACUGUGCCUGCCUUCCUGGGUUUGAAGGCCAGAACUGUGAAGUGAAUGUGGACGAUUGUCCAGGGCACCGAUGUCUAAAUGGGGGGACAUGUGUGGAUGGUGUCAACACCUACAACUGCCAGUGCCCUCCUGAGUGGACAGGCCAGUUCUGUACGGAGGACGUGGAUGAGUGUCAGCUGCAGCCCAAUGCUUGCCACAAUGGGGGUACCUGCUUCAACACACUGGGUGGCCACAGCUGUGUGUGUGUCAAUGGCUGGACAGGAGAGAGCUGCAGUCAGAACAUUGAUGACUGUGCCACGGCUGUGUGCUUCCAUGGGGCCACCUGCCAUGACCGUGUGGCCUCCUUCUACUGUGCCUGCCCCAUGGGCAAAACUGGACUUCUGUGUCAUCUGGAUGAUGCUUGUGUCAGCAACCCCUGUCAUGAAGAUGCUAUCUGCGACACAAACCCUGUAAACGGCAGGGCCAUCUGCACCUGUCCACCUGGCUUCACAGGCGGGGCUUGUGACCAGGAUGUGGAUGAAUGUUCCAUCGGUGCCAACCCAUGUGAGCACCUGGGACGGUGUGUGAACACACAGGGCUCUUUCCUGUGCCAGUGUGGCCGCGGCUACACUGGUCCACGCUGUGAGACUGACGUCAAUGAAUGCCUCUCUGGACCCUGCCGCAACCAGGCUACGUGCCUCGACCGCAUAGGCCAGUUCACCUGCAUCUGCAUGGCAGGCUUCACAGGCACUUAUUGCGAGGUGGACAUGGACGAGUGUCAGAGCAGCCCGUGUGUCAACGGCGGGGUCUGUAAGGACAAAGUCAACGCCUUCAGCUGCACCUGCCCCUCGGGGUUCAGCGGGGCUAUGUGUCAGCUGGAUGUGGAUGAGUGUGCCAGUACACCCUGCCGGAAUGGAGCCAAGUGUGUGGACCAGCCGGAUGGCUAUGAAUGUCGCUGCGCAGAAGGUUUCGAGGGCACUGUGUGUGAGCGCAACGUGGAUGACUGCUCACCAGACCCAUGCCACCAUGGGCGUUGUGUGGAUGGCAUUGCCAGUUUCUCAUGUGCUUGUGCACCUGGCUACACUGGCACGCGCUGUGAGAGCCAGGUGGAUGAGUGCCGAAGCCAGCCCUGCCGCCAUGGGGGCAAAUGCCUAGACCUGGUGGACAAAUACCUCUGCCGCUGCCCUCCAGGCACCACAGGUGUGAACUGUGAGGUGAAUAUUGAUGAUUGUGCUAGCAAUCCUUGCACCUUUGGACUCUGCCGGGAUGGCCUCAACCGCUAUGAUUGUGUCUGCCAGCCUGGCUUCACAGGGCCCCUCUGCAACAUGGAGAUCAAUGAGUGUGCGUCCAGCCCAUGUGGUGAGGGAGGCUCCUGCGUGGAUGGUGAAAAUGGCUUCCGCUGCCUCUGCCCACCUGGCUCCCUGCCCCCACUCUGCCUUCCCCCAAGCCAUCCCUGUGCCCAAGAACCCUGCAGCCAUGGUGUCUGCCACGAUGCACCCGGAGGGUUCCGCUGUGUGUGUGAGCCUGGCUGGAGUGGUCCUCAGUGCAGUCAGAGCCUCACUCGAGAUGCUUGUGAAUCCCAUCCCUGCCGGGCAGGCAGCACCUGCACCAGUGAUGCAACGGGUUUCCACUGCACCUGUCCCCCGGGUGUCCAGGGCCGCCAGUGUGAGCUGCUGUCCCCCUGUGUUCCGAACCCCUGUGAGCAUGGGGGCCACUGUGAGUCUGCCCCCGGCCAGCUGGUUGUCUGCUCCUGCCCCUCUGGUUGGCAAGGCCCACGAUGCCAGCAGGAUGUGGAUGAGUGUGCCAGCUCCUCACCCUGUGGUCCCCAUGGUACCUGCACCAACCUGGCAGGAAGUUUCAGCUGUACUUGCCACGAGGGCUAUAGUGGCCCUUCCUGUGAUCAGGACAUCAAUGACUGUGACCCCAACCCCUGCCUGAAUGGCGGCUCCUGUCAGGAUGGAGUGGGCUCCUUUUCCUGCUCCUGCCUCCCUGGCUUUGCUGGUCCCCGCUGCACCCGAGAUGUAGAUGAGUGUCUGAGCAGUCCCUGUGGCCCAGGCACCUGCACAGACCACGUGGCCUCCUUCACUUGCACCUGCCCCCCGGGUUAUGGAGGCUUCCGCUGUGAGCAGGACCUUCCAGACUGCAGCCCCAGCUCCUGCUUCAAUGGCGGGACCUGCGUGGAUGGUGUGACCUCCUUCACCUGCCUGUGCCGCCCCGGCUACACUGGUGCACACUGCCAGCAUGAGGCCGACCCCUGCCUCUCGCGGCCCUGCCUGCAUGGGGGCAUCUGCACCGCCGCCCAUCCUGGCUUCCGCUGUGCCUGCCCGGAGGGCUUCACUGGCGCUCAGUGCCAGACGCUGGUAGACUGGUGUAGCCGUGUGCCCUGUCAGAAUGGAGGUCGCUGUGCCCGGGCUGGGGCCUCUUUCUACUGCCUUUGCCCCCCGGGGUGGAGUGGCCGCUUCUGUGACAUCCAGAGCCUGCCCUGCAGGGAGGCUGCAGCCCAAAUCGGGGUGCCUGUGGAGCAGCUGUGUCAGGCAGGUGGCCAGUGUGUGGACAAGGACGGCUCUCACUACUGUGUGUGCCCGGAGGGCCGCACAGGCAGCCACUGUGAACAGGAGGUGGACCCCUGCUUGGCCCAGCCCUGCCAACAUGGGGGCACCUGCCAAGGCUACAUGGGGGGUUAUGUGUGUGAGUGUCCAGCUGGCUACACUGGUGACAACUGUGAGGAUGACGUGGACGAGUGUGCCUCCCAGCCCUGCCAGCAUGGGGGCUUCUGCAUUGACCUUGUGGCCCGCUAUCUCUGCUCCUGCCCUCCGGGAACACUGGGCGUGCUCUGUGAGAUUAAUGAGGAUGACUGUGGCCUGGGCUCCCCCCUGGACCUGGGUCCCCGGUGCCUGCACAAUGGUACCUGUGUGGAUCUGGUGGGUGGCUUCCGCUGCAGCUGCCCCCCAGGAUACACUGGCCUGCGCUGUGAGGCAGACAUCAAUGAAUGUCGUCCAGGUGCCUGCCAUGCAGCACAUACCCGGGACUGCCUUCAGGACCCAGGCGGGGGCUUCCACUGCCUUUGUCAUGCUGGCUUCACAGGUCCACGCUGCCAGACUGUCUUGUCUCCUUGUGAAUCUCAGCCAUGCCAGCACGGAGGCCAGUGCCGUCCCAGCCCUGGCCCCGGGGGUGCGCUGACCUUCUCUUGCCACUGCGUCCUGCCAUUCUGGGGCCCGCGUUGUGAGCGAGUGGCACGGUCCUGUCGGGAGCUGCAGUGCCCUGUGGGCGUCCCGUGCCAGCAGACGGUCCGUGGGCCGCGCUGUGCCUGCCCUCCCGGGCUGUCGGGUCCCGCCUGCCGGGGUUCCCGGGGAUCCCCACCGGGGGCCGUCAACUCCAGCUGCGUGACCUCUCCCUGCCUCCACGGGGGCUCAUGCCGCCCCGAAUCGCUUGCACCCUUCUUUCGCUGUGCGUGCGCGCCAGGCUGGUCUGGGCCGCGCUGUGAGGUACCCGUGGCGGCGCCCGAGGCCCCCGAGGAGCCACCGUGCCCUAGAGCUGCCUGCGAGGCCAAGAGCGGGGACAAGCGCUGCGACCGAGAGUGCAACAGCCCGGGCUGCGGUUGGGACGGCGGCGACUGCUCAUUGAGCGUGGGCGACCCCUGGCGGCAGUGCGCGGCGCUGCAGUGCUGGCUCCUCUUCAACAACAGCCGUUGUGACCCCGCCUGCAGCUCACCUGCCUGCCUCUAUGACAACUUCGACUGCCGCGGCCGCGAGCGCACCUGCAACCCAGUGUAUGAGAAGUACUGCGCUGACCACUUUGCCGAUGGCCGCUGUGACCAGGGCUGCAACACAGAGGAAUGCGGCUGGGAUGGACUGGACUGUGCCAGUGAGGUGCCGGCUCUGCUGGCCCGCGGCGUCCUGGUGCUCACUGUGCUGCUGCCACCAGAGGAACUGCUGCGUUCUAGCGCCGACUUCCUGCAGCGGCUCAGUAGCAUCUUGCGCACAUCACUGCGCUUCCGUCUGGACGAGAAUGGCCAGGCCAUGGUCUUCCCUUACCACCGGCCUGUCCCUGGCUCUGAAUCCCGCAACCGGCGGGAGCUGGCCCCCGAGGUGAUCGGCUCCGUGGUGAUGCUGGAGAUUGACAACCGUCUGUGUCUGCAGUCACCUGAGAAUGACCACUGCUUUCCUGAUGCCCAGAGUGCGGCAGACUACCUGGGAGCGUUGUCGGCGGUGGAGCGCCUUGACUUCCCAUACCCGCUGCGAGCGGCGAGGGGGGAGCCAUUGGAGCUGCCAGAGCCAAGUGUACCCCUGCUGCCACUGCUGGCUGCAAGCGCUGUCUUCCUGCUGGUCAUCCUUGUCCUGGGUGUCAUGGUGGCCCGUCGCAAGCGUGAGCACAGCACCCUGUGGUUCCCUGAGGGCUUCUCACUGCACAAGGAUGUGGCUGGUGGCCACAAGGGCCGGCGGGAGCCUGUGGGCCAAGAUGCACUGGGCAUGAAGAACAUGGCCAAGGGUGAGAGUCUGAUGGGGGAGGUGGCCACAGACUGGAUGGACACAGACUGCCCAGAAGCCAAACGACUGAAGGUAGAGGAGCCUGGUGUGGGUGCUGAGGAUGCUGUGGAUUGCCGCCAGUGGACCCAACACCACCUGGUUGCCGCUGACAUCCGGGUGGCACCAGCCAUGGCAUUGACACCACCACAGGGCGAAGUGGAUGCUGAUGGCAUGGAUGUCAAUGUGCGAGGUCCAGAUGGCUUCACCCCACUAAUGCUAGCCUCCUUCUGUGGGGGAGCCCUGGAGCCAAUCCCCACUGAGGAGGAUGAGGCAGAAGACACAUCAGCCAGCAUCAUCUCUGACCUGAUCUGCCAGGGGGCCCAGCUUGGUGCUCGGACUGACCGCACGGGCGAGACAGCCCUGCAUCUGGCUGCCCGCUACGCCCGGGCUGAUGCUGCCAAGCGGCUGCUGGAUGCCGGGGCAGACACCAAUGCCCAGGACCACUCGGGUCGAACCCCCCUGCACACAGCUGUCACUGCUGAUGCCCAGGGCGUCUUCCAGAUUCUCAUUCGGAACCGCUCCACAGACCUGGAUGCCCGCAUGGCAGAUGGCUCGACAGCACUAAUCUUGGCUGCCCGCCUGGCGGUGGAGGGCAUGGUAGAAGACCUCAUUGCUAGCCAUGCAGAUGUCAAUGCUGUGGAUGAGCUUGGAAAAUCAGCCUUACACUGGGCGGCAGCUGUUAAUAACGUGGAAGCCACCUUGGCCCUACUCAAAAACGGAGCUAACAAGGACAUGCAGGAUAGCAAGGAGGAGACUCCGCUGUUUCUGGCCGCCCGAGAGGGCAGCUUUGAAGCUGCCAAGCUGCUGCUGGAUCACUUUGCAAAUCGUGAGAUUACAGACCACCUGGACAGACUGCCCCGGGAUGUGGCCCAGGAACGGCUGCACCAGGACAUCGUGCGCUUGCUGGACCAGCCCAGUGGGCCCCGCAGCCCCCCUGGCCCCCAUGGCCUGGGGCCCUUGCUCUGCCCACCCGGGGCCUUCCUCCCAGGCCUCAAGGUGGCACAGUCCGGGGGCAAGAAGAGCCGGAGGCCCCCGGGGAAGGCGGGGCUGGGGCCGCAGGGCACCCGGGGGCGGGGCAAGAAGCUGACUCUGGCCUGCCCCGGGCCCUUGGCCGAGAGCUCCGUCACACUCUCCCCUGUGGACUCGCUGGACUCCCCAAGGCCCUUUGGUGGCCCCCCCGCGUCCCCUGGUGGUUUCCCUCUCGAGGGGCCCUAUGCAGCUGCCACGGCCACGGCCGUGUCUCUGGCGCAGCUUGGUGGUGCAGGCCGGGCCGGUCUAGGGCGCCAGCCUCCCGGGGGCUGCGUGCUCAGCCUGGGCCUGCUGAACCCUGUGGCAGUUCCCCUCGACUGGGCCCGGCUGCCCCCACCUGCCCCGCCAGGCCCCUCCUUCCUGCUGCCGCUGGCACCGGGAUCCCAGCUGCUGAACUCUGGGAACCCCGUGUCCCCCCAGGAGCGGCCCCCACCUUACCUGGCGACCCCGGGCCAUGGGGAGGAGUUCCCGGCGACCGGCACCCACGGCAGCCCCCAGAAGGCCCGCUUCUUGCGGGUCCCCAGUGAGCAUCCUUACCUGACCCCAUCCCCAGAGUCCCCUGAGCACUGGGCUAGCCCCUCACCUCCCUCACUCUCAGACUGGUCCGACUCCACACCCAGCCCGGCCACUGCUACCGGGGGCACUGCCACAGCCACUGGGACACUGUCUGCCCAGCCCCUCCCUCUGUCAGUCCCUGGCCCUCUCCCACAGGCCCAGACCCAGGUAGGGCCCCAGCCCGAAGUCACCCCCAAAAGGCAAGUGUUGGCCUGAGGGAUCCUCAGUUCCUGGAUUUGGGGAGGCUGAGGCGAUGCCCCGCCCUGAUACCUCUCUCCUUUAAGUCCAUUUCAUUCUCUCCAUUCUCUUCUCCUGCAACCCACCCACCCUUGCAGUGCAACCAAGAGGUCAUCCUCCUAAGGCUUCAGUCUUCCUUUAUUUAUAAGGGGUGCAGGCUGACCCACACCCUCUGGGUCUUGUGAUGAGUCUAGGACAUCCUCCUGCCUCUCCCCUCUUCCUGUGGCCACUCCUGCCCAUUCUCUCUUCCCUCCUUUCUGGCCUCCCUUACUCCUCAUGCUCUGACAUGAGUGGAUUAUUAUUUUUUUUCUUUUUCUUUUUUUUUUUUUUUACAUUUUGUAUAGAAACAAAUUCAUUUAAACAAACUUAUUAUUAUUAUUUUUUACAAAAUAUAUAUAUGGAAACUCUCUCUGCCCCACCCCCCGAGGGAACCCCCCCAAGUGCCCCCGUGGGGCUGAGUCUGUGGGCCCAUUCGGCCAAGCUGGAUUCUGUGUACCAAGUACACAGGAAUGACCGGGGUCCUGUGUACCAAGUACACGACCCUGGUGUGUACCAAGUAGGCACCUUUGGGCGCACCCUCUGGGGCUAGGGGUUGGGUGAGCCUCCUCCCCACCCCACAUCCCUCACUUCACUGCAUUCCAGAUGGAACUUAUUCUAUAGCUUUGCUGGGGGAAGCACCCUUCUGGCCCGGAGAGCCCCCUCCCCCCAACCCCCAUCCCAGAAUCCCUUUGGGAACUGGCAAGUGGGAGUGGCAGGUGGGAACACGAGGACCAGGGGAGAUAUGUGCAUUUCACUUUGUCUCCCUGCAGGAAGGAAAGGAGCUGCCUGAAUCGCAUCCAUUCCUCCUGGGACUCCCCUGGCCCAGCCCCUUAGCAGAAUAGAAGUAUUUGUAGGUUAUUUUUGUAAUAUGGCUUCUGGGUACAAUCCCCAUGUAGCUAAAUUCCCAGGCCUUGCAUUGUACAGCUAGCCCCGUUCCCCUCUCAUCACCUAAUAAAGGAAUAGUUAACACUCAA